UGGUGUGGCAUCUGUUGGAGUUGGGAGUUGGAGGUUUGCAGUUGUUUACAGGGGAGGGCCCUUUGUCCUCUCUUUUUCUCUCUCCUCUUUCCUCUGUCUCUGUCUCUGUCUUUGUCCUGUGGGUCUCAAUUUCUGGAAUUUUCAUCAAAUUCCUAAUUCCUAGAGUAAUUGAUAAAGUUGUUAUCUUUUUAGACCACAUUUUGAAACCCUAAUCUAUUUCUCUCUCUAGAUCCUUCUUUGAGAUUUUAUCAGGAGGAUUUCAAUUCGGAGAAGGCUAUAAAUUCGGGGAUUUCUCUAAUCGGUGUUGUUAUCUGUUAAAACAUUCGUGGAUGAAAUGUCGCUUCUUCCAAAUAGUGAUUCAAUUCACAUUAGAGAGGUUUGGGAAGAUAAUCUGGAGGCUGAAUUUGGUUUAAUUCGUGAUAUAGUAGACGAUUACCCUUUUGUAGCUAUGGAUACCGAGUUUCCAGGUAUUGUUCUUCGACCUGUCGGUACUUUUAAGAGUAGCUCUGAUUUUCACUACCGUACUCUCAAGGAUAAUGUCGACAUGUUGAAAUUGAUUCAAUUAGGCCUCACCUUUUCUGAUGAACUUGGUAACCUUCCCACUUGUGGCACUGAUAAAUUUUGCAUUUGGCAAUUCAAUUUCCGCGAAUUUAACCUUAAUGAGGAUGUUUUUGCCAAUGAUUCUAUUGAGCUUCUCUGUCAGAGUGGCAUCGAUUUUAAGAAAAAUAAUGACAAGGGUAUUGAUGCCAAGAGGUUUGGUGAGCUUUUGAUGUCGUCUGGUGUUGUUUUGAACUAUAAUGUUCAUUGGGUCACUUUCCAUAGUGGUUAUGAUUUUGGUUACUUGCUUAAGCUCCUCACUUGUCGCAACCUCCCUGACACCCAGCAGGAGUUCUUUGAGAUGAUCAAGACCUAUUUCCCUACCGUUUAUGAUAUUAAGCACCUCAUGAAGUUUUGUAACAGCUUACACGGUGGCUUGAACAAGCUCGCCGAGUUGUUGGAGGUCGAAAGGGUUGGUGUGUGUCACCAGGCAGGUUCUGAUAGUUUGCUUACAUCUUGUACAUUCAGGAAGUUGAAGGACAAUUUCUUCAGUGGAUCCAUGGAGAAAUAUGCUGGUAUUUUGUAUGGACUAGGUUUUGAUAAUGGUCAAAGUGUUCACUAAUCAGGAGAACUAUCAAACUUAAUGUUCAAUUUCCAUGUACCCAUUUUGUGUGCACUUUUGGUAAAAUCAGUUUUAUAAUCAAUUUUUGAUUUAUAGAGUUUUGUCAUACCUGUGCCCUGCCGAUCAUAUAUAUAUAUUUCUUCUCCCCUCCCCCCCCCCCCUCCUCUCUCCUCCUCCUACCGACUGCACUUUCUUUCUCUGUGUGUUUUACGCUUUACAAUUCCUUAUCUGCUUGUGAUGGGAAAAUAGAGGUAGCUGAGAAUCUUAAUGUGAAUUUCACACUGCCUUGUUUUAAAUGUAGAUACUUAAUCGACUGGUGAUGUUCUCUGAUAGUGCUGAUUCCAGCAUUUAUUGGAUGACGCUUGAAAUUUCCUGCUACAUCUGUUCUUAUGAUCCUUCUUUAUAGUUUUUGACAAAGAAAGAUGUUUGAACAUCUAUCAAGGCCUUCUUUCCGGUCUAACAAUAGUGGGCACCUGGCUAGUCUGAUCAGCAGGCCCAGCUUAAAAUGUUGCUUCUGUUGGUCAUUAUUCAGUCUAACUAGAGUGGGUGGGUAGCUUCUAUGGGUUCUUGGGUGGAUGAGGAUGGAAAACCACUUAUGUUUGUUAACAGGGCUACCUUAGAUCAACUUUGUGCAGGAUUUAACAAGCCAAGGCACUACCUAGACCACUGGAAAAUGGAUGAGAGGUUUUUUGCCAACGAUUUUGCAUUGGGACUUUUGAGCUUACUGGGAGGGUAAACUACCAAUGAAAUAGGACCUGGAAGAUCCUGAUCAGCAGAACUGGUAAGUCUUCCUUUGCAAGGUUCACAAUAAUGCUUUGCCUCUCAGAUUUGAGCUCCAAAACAGAAGUGCAUUGCAACUUUAGUGCGAAUUUGUGCAGAGAUCCCCAAUGUGAGCCUCCUCUCCAUUUCUAGGACUAAUACAAUGGUCUAAAGAUGGUUUGCUCUAUAAAACAAAUGAAGGAGUGAUCCCUGCUUCAUGUAAGAAUGCCAAGUUCAGACUUGUAACUCUCCUCUCUUUUUUCCAUUGUAUUAGUCCUAGAAACCAUCUGAUUCAUUUGAUUUUCCUCUUUGUUAUAUGUUCAAUGAAGCAUUCAUGUACGCAUAUGUAUGUCAGGCAGCAUUUUAGAUUCUUGUAAAAGACAAAGUGGUAAUAUAUUGAUUUCAAGAAUUAGAACA